AGGAAUGUUAAUUUCAUAUGUAAAUGAGGAUCUCUUAUGAAUUUUAGGAGGCGCAAAAGUAGUUAAUGUUGGAAAGAAAUUAAAAAAAAAAAUAAUAAUUGGUAAUUGAUGAAUGAAGGAAGAAGGCAAUCCAAUCUAAUCUAAUCUAAUCCAAGGAGGAAUGAUUUGUUUGUACAUAAAUAUGCAACGUGGCGGGCAGGCAAAGUAGUAUCCGGAAUGGCAGCAGUGGGAGUGAAGUGCUGCUCAUUGCCGUUUAUUGAGGCUCGCAAAUUCAAAUCAUCAUAUUCUUCUUCUUCUUCUCCGUGUUAUUAUUAUUAUUAUAGAAAUAGAAAUAGAAAUAGAAGAAGAAUAAUUUGUUCAUUGUUUUGGGGAGCUAAUAACGAGAAGAAACGGAAUAAUAGCAUUUCAUCAUGGUCAUCGCACCAGCAAGAAUUCAGUUUCAGUGUGACGACGACGACGACAGAGUCAGAGUCGGAGUCGACAAAGAAGAAAGUGAUAAGUAUUUCUUUUGUAUCUUCAAUAUCAGAUAUUCCAUCUAGCGAAUGGGAUGCAUGUGCUGUGGAUGCUACCGGUGGAGCUGACAAGUUGAAUCCAUUCCUCUCUCACGCUUUUCUAUUAUCUUUAGAGAUUUCAUCUUCUGCUGUCAAGGAAAAUGGAUGGACCCCACACCACAUGAUUGUUAAGGAUGAUGAGUCAAAUAUCGUUGUGGGUGUUGUACCUCUGUAUCUCAAGACCCAUUCAUAUGGUGAAUUUGUUUUUGAUCAUUCAUGGGCAAAUGCUUAUUAUAAUUAUGGAUCUUCUGCUUAUUACCCAAAGUUACAAUCAUGUGUCCCCUUCACCCCAGUCACUGGUCCAAGGAUCUUAAUUCGUAAUACCUCUUUCAAACAUCAUGUUUUUGACUUUAUUAUAUCUGCAAUGAAGGAUCUCACUGCCAUGUCUCAGCUUUCAUCUUUACAUGUCACUUUCCCCUCUCAAAACGAGUGGCACAAAUUCUCUCAAAAAGGUUUCCUCCCCAGGAUUGGAAUGCAGUAUCACUGGACCAACCGCAACUACAAAGAUUUUGAUCAUUUCUUGAUGGACAUGAAGCAUAAUAAAAGAAAAAAGAUACGUCAAGAGCGCAAAAAGGUUGCAGCUCAGAACUUGGUAAUGAAACGGCUCCGCGGUUAUGAAAUAAAGGCAAAGCACUGGGAUUCCUUCUACACCUUUUACAGGAACACAACUGAUAACAAAUGGGGUACUCCUUACCUAACAAGGGAGUUUUUUCAUGAGAUGGGAUCAAGAAUGGGAGAUCAGGUACUACUUAUUGUUGCUGAAGACGGGGAUGAACUAGUUGCAGGUGCCUUGAAUCUCAUCGGAGGAGAUACUUUGUUUGGGCGCCUAUGGGGUUGUCAGCCACAAACUUAUUAUCCAUUUUUGCAUUUUGAAGCAUGUUAUUACCAGGCAAUUGAAGCAGCAAUUGAACUCAAUCUUAAAACAGUAGAAGCAGGAGCUCAGGGUGAACAUAAGAUUGAGCGUGGAUAUCUUCCUGUGACAACAUAUAGCUGUCAUUACCUUAUUGAUGAAGAGUUUAGGAAAGUUAUAGAAGAUUUUUUAGUUCGUGAAUCUUCUCAGGUGAAGGUCGUUAUGACACUCUUGCGUGAUUCUGGUCCUUUCAAGGAAGGUGUCCUGUAGAAAGUAUAUAGGCAUAUUGGCAGGGUUAAUUGAAAUUUGUAAAUAUAUGUAAAUGGUUUUUAUUUUGCAAACGCUGUAUUUUUUUAGGUAUGAAUGUACAGUUGAAUGGGCAUUUGAUACGUUAAGCUAUGUAUGGUUGAAUAGUUGUUGGCUUGUUUCAUCCUUUAUGCCCAAAUUGGAGACGGUAGAAAGAGUGAGAUAUAUAGUUCAUUCUGUAUUUGAUCCUAGUGAGGAAUCAGAUAGAGGUUAAUACAUUGGACGUUUGGUUCAAA